GAAACCGAAGAUCAAAACGCGAGUAACUUAGCUACUGAAAAUGGAAGUAUUAAGCAAAAUGCGAUAAACAUAGGAACUGCGCAAGGUAAGGAUUCCGACAGGAGCGCGGGUUCUACUAAUAUAGAAGCAAAUAAUAACGAUAAAGUUCGUGAAAUAUUGGAAGCAAGGUUAAGAAUAUCGAAUGUAGGAGGUAGUGCUACUGUUGAAAAUACCAAUGCUACACAACAGCUUGAACCAAGAGAAAAUAUGAUAUUACAAGCAAUCACAUUCUUAUCUAGCCCAAUAGUUCGUAAUUCGGACGAGGACAAAAAGCUCAAAUUUUUGUUUAGUAAAGGUUUGACGCAAGCUGAAAUUGAUAUUGCCAAAGAUAGGGUAAAUAAAGAGGAACCAUUAGCUCCACCUGUUCCACCACGCACAUAUCAUCAAAUGGUAGUGGCAAGAACUCCAUUAUGGAAACGCUUAAUAUUUAUUUUACUGAUUACAGGUGCUUUUAGUGCCGCAAUGAUCGCUAUGAUCAAGACAUUUCUUGGUCCCGCAGUUACGGCUAUCAUUUUUGCAAAGCAGCAAUUACAUUCUCAUCAAGUUAAUCUUUUUAGAAGGUUUAAUGAAAGUCUUUCGACAUUUUUAUCUUUAAAUAAAUCAACAUCGCGUAAUGAAAUUUCUACACCACCCGCUUUGCUUGCUCCUCUUGCUACUGAUUUAUCUGAAUUAACUGAAAGGUUAAGUAUCCAUCAACAAACAUUAUCAAAGCCUGAUGCAAUAUCAGAUCUACAACUCUCGUUGACAUCUCUAGCGGCGUACCUUUCGUCGAAUGUUUAUUCAUAUUCUCGGUCACCACCAAACGACCGUGAUUCACCUGUUUCGCAAAUCAGAAGUGAAAUUCGUAGUUUGAAAAGUUUGAUGGUUAAUCGUAGGAAUUUUCCAAAAAUUCCACCUGUGCCCGCUUAUUCAGCUCAGUCACAAAUAUCUUCAACUCAACCUCCACAACAAGAAGUAGAUACCUCAAAUGAAAAUGUGGAAUAA